AACUCGAAGGAAUCUUGAUUCUCAGUGCUCACCGAACUUGGGCCACCACUCAACAAAUAUUGCCGCAGGGUGGUGAUGCCAAUGUCUAAUCUAGGCUUCGAGCCGUAUCCUUGAAACAACACGAGCUCCACAAGUGGAUGUCACCUGAAGCUUUAUCAAGCGCAGACAGAUUUCUCACAUAUUUCGCACGUAUAGAUAUCCCGGUCAGUCCGACUCGAGAUCAUUUAGUCAUGCGCUUGUUCGACCCAAGUAUAAGUAUCUCAGCUGUACAUCCAAACUCCCACCUGGACGACUAGCGCAUAACAUCCAUCACAUGGCUCAAGAACAGAUCACCCUUUACACUGCGAAGGUAUGCCCCUACGCUCAAAGGACUGAAAUUGCCCUCGCCGAGGCUGGUGCCCCAUUCAAAAGAUACGAGAUCGAUCUGGGGAAUAAGCCAGAGUGGUACGCCCCAAAGGUGAACCGUGCCAGCAAGGUGCCGGCUAUCGCUUAUGGUGGUCCCGACGUUGCCCCAGAAAAUCCUUCUCCCGAGUCUACCAAAUUGGCGGAGUCGCUGAUCCUUGUUGAAUUCAUCGGCGAUUUGUACCCGUCUUCCAAUAUCCUGCCUGCGGACCCUGUGCUACGUGCCAAGGCCCGUUUCUUCGUUGAGAUCGUGUCCACUAAAUUCAGUCCCAAUUUCAUGAAGUUUGCAUCCGGCAACCCGGAAGGCACACAUGCCGCUCUCCUUACUGGCGUGGAUGCCAUUCAGGACAUUUUACCCGACGGGGCGAAAUACGCUGUUGGCGACCAGUACACCAUUGCAGACAUUGCAUUCGCGCCGUUCUGGGCAAGGUUGAACUUGUUGGUGCAGAAGGGAAUUGGUGCCUACAAAGAUGAGGAGGGGAAGAGCUUCUUGAAGGCUCUGGAGGACCCCAAGUAUGCGAAAUUUAACGGUUAUGUGCAAAGAAUCCUAGCAAGGCAGAGCUUCAAAUCCACAUUCCACGAGGUGCGUCCGCUACUCUGCCGAUAAUUGCUGCUAUCAUAACAACUGGUCAAUAGGACGUCGUGCAAGAGAUUUUCACGAGAAGGUUCGGCUUGGCUAAAUAAACAUAAGAGGAUAUUAACAUAUGCAACAUCACGGUUUUGUACCAUUAACCAUCAUUUAACUGUUUAAGAUUGUUGUUCUACAGAGUGGCCGAUAGGUCAAAAUGAUGUCGUGUGGGUCCUUCAGUCACGAUAAACAAAACGGCUGAGUGUUCUUUUGCUGCAGGAAUCUUUGUAGAGUUGUCGUGCCUCCGAGUUGUACAUCAUUGAACCCAACUGACUAAGUGAGCACCCGGCCUAGGCCUGAACUAAGCAGGGAAUUCGUUUCACUGGUCACUGUCA